CAAUCACCGUCCACAGCCUAACAGCUACAUUGACCGCUGACUCGCGACCCGCUACAGACGUGUUUUAAACAAUAAUAUUUUUUUAUAAACAUGAAUAAUUUGGCCACGGGAUGUGUUUUAGCGUUGUUGUUCAUACUCGGCAGUGCGUAUAGAUCGACUACACCGUUAAUUAAAAACGUGUAUUGUGGCGGCACACACUUCGAGGGUCCACACUGGUCCGGCCCUGAUAAUGCGCUGUACUGGGUCGAUAUACAGGGUCAAAAAGUUCUGCGCCUGGAUCCAGGAACGAAUAAUGUUACCAGCAAAUCAAUAGGUUACGGGCCUGUGUCAAUGGUGGUAACCGUUAAGGACAACCCGGGAAUAUUGCUGGUGGCGGUCAGAGCAGAAGUUUACUUCAUGUCGUGGGACAACUUCGAAGACGACAGUUCGUUGCGGUUGCUCAGUGUGCUCGACCUGGGCCGUCCAGACAAUAGGUGUAAUGAUGGAAAGGUCGACGCUAAGGGAAGACUUUGGAUCGGUACAAUGGGAAAAGAAGUGGGCAACAACGUAGAUAAAGACCAAGCAACUCUAUACAUGCUGAGUGAAGAGAACUAUUUAAACCCUGUGGAAGAAGUGCGGCCCGUCACCGUAUCCAACGGCAUCGCUUGGACAUCCGAUAACAAGUUCAUGUUCUACAUAGAUACACCCACCAGGAAUAUUGAUGUGUUUGACUUUGAUCUGGAGAAUGGGAGUAUCCGCAAUAGAAGGACAAUAUUCAGUUUCCAAGCCAACAAUGUGACUGGACUGCCCGAUGGUAUGACUAUCGACAGUGAUGGCAACUUAUGGGUAGCAUGUUUCAAUGGUGGAAAGGUGAUCAAAAUAGACUCAAGAGCUGGAAAACUGCUGGAGCAGCACAAAUUACCUGUAUCAAAAGUGACCUCAGUAAUGUGGGGAGGUCACGAUUUGUCUACAUUAUUUGUGACCACUAGUAAAGUGGGACUCAGCAACGCAGAACUAGCACAACAACCUGAAGCAGGGUCGAUCUUUGCCAUAGAGGAUACAGGCUCAAAAGGACUGCCUGAAAACCAAUUUGUUUUUACUGGAGCUGCCAAUUAUUAAUAUAUUCAAGUUUUAUUAUAUUGUUAUUAUUUUUCUAAAGUAAAUAAUGAAAUAUUUC